AUGACCUAUUACCGCGCGCGCGGACACCCCCUCGAUUCCCUCGUCGACCUCUCGCACCUCUCCUCCCUGCCCUCGCCCGCACACCCCUCCGCGCCCACCCGCAACGCACAUGCGCUCGCGCAGCGGUUCUCCGCGCCCACCUCCCCUUCCGGCUCCUCCGUUCACUCCGCCUUCGGCCCCUCCUCCGCUUCUGUCAUUCUCCCCCCUUCUUCCGCCUCCGCAAUCCUUCCGCCCCCUGCCCGCGGAGGCUCCGCCAACUACCGCUUCGCGCUGACCAAGCCUGGCGCAGGGGAACCAGGCGGAGGGGGAACAGGCGCGGGCGGGGUAGGGGAAUGGGUGGCGGAUGCGUACGCGCAGCGGAGAGGGAGUGAUGGGACGGGGGAAGGGGCUGGGCGAGGGGAAGGGCAGGGAAGCUUUGCGGAACGGGGGGAAUCGACGCGAGGGGGUGAGAAGGUGUGGAGGUCCCGCGUGGACAUAGGCGGGUCAGUGGAGGGUAGCAGUGGGUCAGGGGGGGAGGGAAGGGGAAGGCAAGGCGAGGAGGGCAAUGUGAGUGUCGCGGUGAAAGCAACAGCUGCUGCUCGUAUUGAUCCUCCUGCUGCUGCUGCUCUUGAAGGUGCCGCUGCCACUGCCACUGCCACUGGUACUCUGGCUCCCACUGCUCCCCCUGCUCCCCCUGCUCCUCUCCGCCCGCCCUCCCCGCCCUCCGCCUCCCUUGCUGCGCAUGCCUCCGCCCCGCCCCUCCACGCCCACACGUCAUCCCUCGCCUCCCCUUCCCCUGCCACCCCCGCCCCAACAUCCCCUGCCCCCACCACUCUCUCUGCUGCUCCCGCACCAGCAGCAGCACCAGCAGCAACCGCUGCCACUGCUCCACCUGCCCCCACUCACCACGCCUUCUCCCGCACUUCCUCCUCCUCUAAUCCCACAGCCCUCCACCCAUCAUCCACCCCAUCCCCCCUCUCCCCCCGCACUCACUUCGUCCCGCUCUCCUCCCCUUCUUGCCCGCACCCUGCCCUGCCCCUCUCCCCCUCCCCCACAUACGACCUCCCUAUUGCGCAUUACAGCUCCUCUCCCUCCGCCAGUGCUUCCCCCUUUCCCCCUGCGCGCAGCCCCUUCUCCCCCCCGUCCGCAGAGCUCCUGGCAGGCGCAGCAGCGAGAGGGGCGGGCAGGGCGGGCAGGGAGGGGGGCAUGGCGCGGGGAGGGGCGGAGCAGCUGUGGCGGGAGCGGGUCCUGGCAGCAGCAGGGGCGGCAGGGGGGGCUGCGCCCUCCGCUGCCCCCCCACCAGCAGCACUGGCGGUGGGGGGGGCAGGUGGGGCGGGGGAGUUGGUGGUGGGAGGACAGAGAGUGGACGCGGGGGGGCUGCUGGGGGGAGUGAUGGCGCAGAGGCGCGCAGUGGGAGGAGGGGGGAGAGGGGGGGCAGGGGGUGUAGGUGGAAUUGGGGCAUGGUAUGGGGUGGGCGGGGCAGGGGGGCUGGGGGGCGAACAGUAUGGGGAUGGGUACGGGGAGGCGCAUAAGAGGAGGCGGAGGGGGGUGGUGGGGUUGGCGGUGGGAGCAGCGGAGCAGGUGUGGCGGUGGUGGCUCGAGGCAGAGUGGGUGAGGGACUGGGCGAGGGACGGCAGAGAAGGCAGGGAGCAGAGAGACGGCAGGGAAGAGAGGGAUGGGAGAGAGGGGAGAGAGGGGAGAGAGGGCAGGGAGGGGAGGGAGGGGAGGGGUGCACGGAGAAGGCAGGUGGCGAUGGUGGGGUUGGGUGCGGUGGGCGGCUGUGUGCUUCUGGGGCUGCUGCUGCUGCUGCUGCUUGCUAGCCCGUCCCUGCCCUCCACUCGCAAGGUGGGCCACCUGCGUGUGCUGCUGCCCACUCGUGCCUUGCUGCUGCCCCUGCUUGCACCACACUGCUGCCAUCCCUCCCAUGCUGCCGCCACACUCUCGCAGUCGCAGGCGGCAGGAGAACCCUCGCCCAGGGCGGCAUCAGGAGCAGCAGCGGCCGAAGGUGACCCCUCGCCCCGGGCGGUGUCAGGCAGCACAGCAGCAGCGGUGCACUCUGACCUGCUGCUGCACUCGCAGGAGGACUUGGCGCGCCUGGAGGGCGCGGAGGAGGGGCAGUCGUGCUGGGCGCUGCACGAGCGCCCGCUGCUCCUCCCGCCCUCGCCCCACUCGCCCUCCCCCGCGCUGCUCUCCGCUCUCCGCGCCUACGAGCGCAUGCACGAGGAGUGUGUGGCGGGCGUGCAGAGCUGGGAGGCACACGCAGAGAAACUGGAGGCACCACGAAGCACAUGCAGCUACCUGGUGUGGUACGAGCCACAGACGCGCCCCAGUGUGGCGCAGCGCCUGCUGUCGCUGCUGUCCGCCUUCCUCUAUGCGCUGCUCACCCACCGCGCCCUGCUAGUUGACACUCACGGCGACCUGCCCAGUCUGCUGUGCAACCCCUUCCCGCGCUCCUCCUGGUGGCUGCCCGCGGGCCUGCCAGAGCAUUUCCGCCUGCACCCGCCGCACCAGGGCGAGUGGGUCAACGGCAGCACCAGCAACAGCUUCUUCGCUCCACUCAACCGCAGGGACGUGGCGACCAUCUACUUUGAGGCACAGCGCUACCCAUGGGACGAGCAGUUCUUCUGCUCCUCCAUGCAGACCCAGCUGGCCCGCAACGCCACGUGGCUCGCCAUGCUCUCCGACCAGCACCUGCUGCCCUCGCUCUUCCUGCUGCCCGCCUUCCACCGCCCGCUGCACCGCCUCUUCCCCUCCCGCGUGCUGCUGCACCCGCUCGCGCGCUACCUGCUGCUGCCCGCCAACGCCGUGUGGGAGCGCGCGCUCAGGGCGGACCAGGGGCACCUCGCGCACGCGUGGCGGUCCGUGGGCGUGCAGCUUGCAAGAUGCCAGGGGGUGCGUGCUGCUGCACCCACUAGCACGCUACCUGCUGCUGCCUGCCAAUGCCGUGUGGGAGAGGGCGCUCAGGGCGCACCAGGGCCACCUGGCGCACGCGUGGCGCUCUGUGGGCGUGCAGCUGGCGGCUGGGGGGAGCGUGGCGGUGAAAGAGGCGAUGAGGGAGGUGUGUUGGGGGGAAGGGGAGGGAUGAGGCAAGCCCUGGAGUGUGGCAUGUCACACGGCGUGCUACCGCUGCCCCUGGCGCCCUCGCAGCUGGCCGCUUUCCUCAACCACUCCUCCCGCGCUCGCCACCUCUCCCUCUCCUCCCGCUCCCUGCUGGAUGGGGCCGGAGAGGAGGGGAAGGAGGGCGGCGAAGGGGGAGGGCAGGGGGAUGGGCAGGGGGAAGCCAAGGGGGAGGGGAAGGGGGAAGGGGCGAGUGGAAGGGUGGGCAGGAGCGGGGGGAGCAGUCCUCAGCGGCGACGGUUUGGGCUAUUCUCUCGCCCGCGACGGGGCGAGGAGGCAAGGGCGGCAUCACACAAGAAAGAGGGGAAGGGGGGAGCUGGCGUGGGUGCAGGCGGGCAGACAAGAGUACAGAGCGGGGAAGCAAGCUCGAUCUCUCAUGAUGCUGCUGGCGCUGGUGGUGACAGUGAGGGCGAAACCAGGAGCAGCAGCAGCGGCGGGGUGGUGAGGGGGAGGGCGAGGGCGCGGGUGGUGGCAGUGUUUGUGGCGGCGGACAGCUUCGCGGCGUUCAAGUUCUUCAAACGCGCCUACGCGCAGUGGCCCACUGAGGACCACAGUGUGGUGGCGGUGCAUGCUGAGGUGGAGGAUGACUCGGAGGAGCGCCUGCUGUCGGCCAAUCAGAUGGAGAUGCUGCGAAUCUGGCUGCUCAGCACGUGCCAGGUCAUCAUUGCCAGCCCGGCAUCAGCAGAGGGCUAUCUAGCCAGCGGCCUUGCCGGCCGCCCUCCCUUCCUGCUCUCACCCCCUCUUCCCACCACCGCCACCACCGAGAGUCACAACGGCGACCCAGCAGCAGCAGCAGUAGUGGCAGCCGCAGCAGCAACAGGAGGGGUGGGGCAGGGCGGGUGCACGCGCAGUUGGUCAACAGAGGGGUGUCACCUGGGGGCGCCACUGUCCCUCAUAUGCUCAUCAUACCCGCGUGGGGACGGGUCGGCCGGGGUGAGGGAGCGAGGGCACCGCUCCACCGACCCGGCACGCUGGCUGCCCUUCCUGCGCCGCUGCCCCGACCACCCCCAGGGACUCACCCUACUGCCCAAGCUCACUCACCCUGACCCAUGA